CGAUUGACUCAGCCCAUCUCAUGCCACCUCUGGAAGACGAGAUAAAGAAUGGUCAAUGGCUGGGGGUUACAGUCAGAAGUCAGGGGCCUGGAAAGAAAGUUUUGGUUUGUGCUCAUAGAUAAUAAAGCAGGGCGCUGAUUUCCAAUGGGGUACAGGACUAUGCUAUACCCUGUCUCAAAGACUGGACUAUGAAACGCUUGGGAACCAUGCAAGGGAGAUCCACUAACAAGGCGCACGAGGAGUACGGCUACUGCCAGGUGGGCACCAGUGGUGUCCUGGUGGGUGACGACACCGUGGUGCUGGGGACACCGGGGCCCUACACGUGGCGGGGCACUGUCUUUGUGCUCAGUGCAUCGGACAACUAUCUGGACCGCGACAAGACAUUCUACAUGGGCCCCGUCACCGAGCCACUCGCUCCUGUCGACAAGUACAGCUAUCUCGGUAUGUCGGUGACAGCUGCCAACUCUUCGGCAGCAACAUGUCGUAUGCGGCCGGGGCACCACGGCCAAUGGCAGGGCAAAGUGGUCCUCUUCUCCAUAGCCAAGCGCAUGCACUCCACCAUGAACGUCAAUCUGGUCAUCGAUGGCGAGCAGUUCGCCUCCAGCUUCGGCUACGAGAUUGCUACCGCUGAUGUCAAUGGUGAUCUAUUACCUGAUCUUCUUGUUGGAGCUCCUUUCUACUUUGAUCGCGACGUUGGAGGCGCCAUCUAUAUUUAUUUGAACAACAAGGAACGCUGUCUCAACUGUGCCAAACCCACCAAAAUGACUGGCAAACCUGAAUCAAGAUACGGAUUUGCUAUUACCAACCUGGGUGAUAUUAACAAAGAUGGCUACGAUGAUAUAGCUGUCGGUGCACCGUAUGAGACAACGGGGUUGUCUAUGUUUAACUGGGAUCCAAAAAUGGACUUAUCACCGAACCGUCUCAG